AUGCCUGGCCGCAUACAAGAUCGAGUAGCCAUUGUCAGCGGCGGUUCGAGUGGCUUGGGUCGAUCGAUAUGCCUCAAACUGGCUUCAGAAGGCGCAAAAGUCCUGAUCGUCGACCUAUACGAGUCUCCCCGUAACCAGACGAACCAAACAACAGGCAAAGCCGACGACUUCAACAACCGCGUAUCAGAUUCCGAGAGCACGCUGGCCGAACUACAACGACUCUACGGGCCUUCCCACUCCGCUUUCGCGAAAGCAGAUAUCACGCAAGCGUCUGGCGUGGAAGCAGCCAUCGCCACAUGCGUCGAAACAUUCGGCCGCCUGGACAUCUUGUGUUGCAACGCUGGCAUAUCAGUCGAGUCAACGCAUCCACGACCGCUCGGUGUGCACGAAACUAGCGAAUCGGACUUCGACAAGACGAUGGCCAUCAACACCAAAGGCGUCUUUCUCUGCUGCAAAUACGGUCUCACGCAGAUGCUGAAACAGGACAUGCUGCCCGGUGCUAAGGAUCGAGGAUGGAUCGUCAAUACGUCGUCGGUUCAGGGAUUGGCUGCUUACUAUAACACUCCCGCCUAUACAGCAAGCAAGCACGCAGUGGCCGGCCUCACCAAGCAGAUAGCCCUGGACUACGCACCCCAUCGCAUCCACGUCAACUCGAUUUGUCCCGGCUUCCUACGCACGACGAUGACGCAGAAUCUGCAGAACGACCCGAAGCUGCAGGCGGAGAUCGACUCGCGGCAUCCGUUCGGCGGGAUGGGAGACACAGACGAUGUCGCGAAGGCGGUACUCUUCCUUGCGAGCGACGACUGCGGAUGGGUGCAGGGCGUCAACCUGCCGGUCGAUGGGGGUUACAUGGUCAUGUGA